UUCGAGACCAUUGAUGUUGAGCGUCUUGUAGAAUUGCUGGCCAGUUUCGGAGUCCAGUGGCAUGAUCUGAGCAAGGAUUCACUGAAGGAGCUGCUCAAGUCUUUGGAGGAACAGGAGGAAGCGUCUGAAGAGAAAUCAGCUGAGGAGGAUGAUGCUGAUCAAGCUGCGCUGGGUUAAAGACGCUUUUGAAUGUCUGGACGCUCGUGCUUUAUUAUGAACUUCUCUGCAAAACUAGUCUCACAUAUUUAAGCAGAAACCUUUAGAUCAAAAAAGCACAAAUACAGUCAGCUGUAGUUUGUCUAAUAUGUCUGUCCACUAACAACGCUAUCUGGUUACAGUCUUCCUAAUUUAGGAAACACGUGCUAUAUGAACUCCGUCAUUCAGUGCCUCCUCAGCGUUUCUCCCUUUCGGGAAGAUUUGCUCUCGCAGCAGGAGAAUCACACAGACAGCGCCACGCUGCUCAGAGCGUUAACUGACCUGCACAUGAGCCGGAUGGACAGCAGUGACUCUGAUCUGAAGGAAACACACUUGGCUAAAGUUAAAAGCUACAUAGAAAGUCACUUUCCAGUUUUCAAGGGACGCUGUCAGCAGGAUGCACACGAGUUCUUCAUGGCUUGUCUGUCCCGUCUAAAAGAGGAAAGCAUGAGCUUGAGAUCGUCUCAUCCCAUACACUUGCCCCGUGUCCAGUAUGGAGUUCAAGCUCAGAAGCGAGCGCACCUGCAACAGGAAGAAGCUCCAGUCGUCAUCAGCUCACAGUACAGACUGUAUUUGGUCAGCUGCUUUGGGAUAAAAACUCUGAACUCCUCCUCACUCUUGUUUCUGCAGCUGAGCAGCGUUUGGUGA